AUGACAGUUGACUAUUCAUUAUACUUGGUGACUGACUCCACCAUGAUUCCAAGCACCUCCACUUUUCUCAAGCAAGUGGAGGAUGCAGUCAAUAAUGGGGCCACAUUGGUUCAAUUGCGAGAAAAGGAAAUCUCUACAUUGGAUUUCAUUGAAAGGGCAAAACAGGUCCACAAAUUAACCAAGCCAAAGAAUGUCCCCUUGAUCAUCAAUGACCGAGUUGAUGUUGCAUUGGCGGUGGAUGCAGAGGGUGUUCAUGUAGGUCAAGAUGAUAUGCCAGCCACUUUGGUGAGAAAAUUAAUUGGACCAAACAAGAUUCUCGGUGUUACAUGUUCAAAUCCAAAUGAAGUGAGGCAGGUUGUUCGUGAAGGAGUUGCUGAUUAUGUCGGAUUAGGAACCACAUUUGCCACAAACACUAAAAAAGAUGUAAAGACCCCAGACGGAGUUGGUCCCAUUGGUAUUAGAAAGCAGAUGCAUGAAUUGAGCAAAGACAUUCGUUGUGUGGCAAUUGGUGGAAUCAACCAUUCCAAUGCGAACAGAGUUGUACAUCAAUGCCGCGUUGGCGAUAGACUGCUUGAUGGGAUAGCCGUGGUUUCUUGCAUUAUGGCAAGUGAAGAUGCAGCAAAGGCAACCAGAACAUUACGUGCCGAGUUGGACCAUACACCAGAAUGGGCAGUGGUCAGAUCAUUUGACAAACGCAUCCCUAACCACGCUGUUGUAAAAAAUAUGACAAGCCAGCACCCAUUGGUACAUCAUAUUACCAAUAAUGUUGUCAAAAAUUUUAGCGCAAAUGUGACGUUAGCCAUUGGUGCAUCGCCAAUUAUGUCAGAGUUACCUGAGGAGUUCGAAGAGUUUGCAUCAGCUAUUCCUAAUAUCGGACUUGUUGUCAACUUGGGAACACCAAAUGCUGAGCUAAUGAAGGUAUUUUCCAAAGCAUUGACUGUGUACAACAAGUACAAUAAGCCUAUUGUGUUUGAUCCAGUUGCUUGCGGAGCUUCAAGGGCUCGACUCGAAAGCUGUCGCAAGCUUUUGAACCAAGGGGUUGUGUCUGUUAUAAAGGGUAAUGUCGGAGAGAUAAUGAGCAUUUGGAAACUCACUCCGUUCUAUCAAGAAGAUGUGGACACUGGAGAGAGUCAUAUGAGAGGCGUGGACUCCAUUUCCAAUGCUAAGGAUGCUGAGGUUUUGGAAAAGGGGGUCCAAGUUGCCACUACUUUUGGCUGUACAGUUGUGAUAACUGGAAAAAUCAAUUACAUAAUAGGCAGCGACAAGAGAUCAGUGCAGGUUGCUGGUGGAGAUGCAUUAAUGGGUAGUAUCACGGGAACUGGAUGUUCCUUGGGAAGCACAAUCGCUGCAUUUCUCGCAGCUGAGAGCGCCAGCCCUAUAGUUGGAGGCGAUAUCUUAAAGGCUACUGAAAUAGCAGUUAGAUUGUAUAACAGAGCUGGUGCAGAAGCUGGUAAGCUAUCGAAAUCCCCAGGUUCAUUCAUGAUUUCAUUCCUCGACCAAUUGAGCGAGGUUUCGCAAAACCCAGAAGAGAAGGUGUAG